CACAAGCAGCUUCGCUUUAACUGGAGUGCCUGGGAGUCGCGUGCCAGGAGCCGCACGGCCGGGGACUGACUGACAGACAGACACGCACCACCAGCACAACACACGAGACCCGGGCGGGUCGCCGCGGCCGCCGGGGCUCUUGGCAAACUCGCACGACGGAGAGGUCCCCCGCGGAGCCGCGCCGCAGUAGCGCCAGGCCCGCUGCUUCCAAGGCAGCAGAAGGGGCAGCACUGCGCUCCGGGCUGCUCGGAGAAUCGCAGCAGACGCCAAAGUAAUAGCGACGCCGAGGUACAUUUAGAGAGCGAACCAAGAUGUUCGUCAAGUCUGAGACCUUGGAGUUGAAGGAGGAAGAGGACGUGCUGGUGCUGCUCGGCUCGGCCUCCCCCGCCUCGGCGGCUCUGACCCCCUUAUCUUCCAGCGCCGACGAGGAGGAAGAGGAGGAGCUGGGCGCGUCGGGCGGGGCGCGUCGGCAGCGUGGGGCCGGGGCCGGGGCCGGGGCGCGGGCUGGCUCGCCGGGAGGGGCCGAGGGCUGCCGGCCAGCGCGGCUGCUGGGUCUGGUGCACGACUGCAAGCGGCGCCCCUCCAGGGCGCGGGCCGUUUCUCGCGGCGCCAAGACUGCCGAGACGGUGCAGCGCAUCAAGAAGACCCGUAGGUUGAAGGCCAACAACCGCGAGCGCAACCGCAUGCACAACCUCAACGCGGCGCUGGACGCGCUGCGUGAGGUGCUCCCCACGUUCCCCGAGGACGCCAAGCUCACCAAGAUCGAGACCCUGCGUUUCGCCCAUAACUACAUAUGGGCGCUCACCGAGACACUGCGCCUGGCUGACCACUGCGGCGGCGGCGGCGGCGGCCUGCCGGGGGCGCUCUUCUCCGAGGCCGUCUUGCUGAGCCCCGGAGGCUCUAGUGCCGCCCUGAGCAACAGCGGAGAUAGCCCUUCGCCUGCCUCGACGUGGAGCUGCACGAACAGCCCCGCGCCGUCUUCCUCCGCCUCCUCCAACUCCACCUCUCCCUACAGCUGCACUUUAUCUCCUGCCAGCCCGGCGGGUUCAGACAUGGACUAUUGGCAGUCCCCACCUCCCGACAAGCACCGCUACGCACCUCACCUGCCCAUAGUCAGGGACUGUAUCUAG